GGAUGAUAAGAAGGACGGUCUGAAGUUCUACACCGACCCGUCUUACUUCUUCAGUCUGUGGAGGGAAAAGAUGCUGCAGGCCACCGAGAACAAACGCAAAGAGAAGAGACGACAGAAGGAGCAGAAACAUGUGGAGGAGUCUUCAGGUCGGGAGGUGAAGAAGGUGCGUAAAGCUCGUAACAGGCGGCAGGAGUGGAACCUGAUGGCGUACGACAAGGAGCUCCGCCCAGACGCUAGAAUCACACCCUCACCUUACCACACCUCGGACGGCUCACUGUCACCUGACAGGUCGGGGAUGUCAGAUGACCCCUCCCACUCGGCAAGUCCCCGUCACCAUGACGCCCAGCGUCAUGAGAGGAAGGAUCAUGCCGCCGUGGCAACCAGUGGGAGUGGUCAGACUCAGUCGUUGGACCGUGCAUUAAGACCCGCCUCUGCGUCCACUGGGGUCUCCACGGGAACCACCCGGCAACACUCGCUGGGCCGCAACCAACCGCAUCAUCACCACCCACCGCACUCCGGCUCAGCCAAUCAAAACGGAGCCCGGCUCAACGCAGCCAAGGAGUCCAAUGACCAUCACAUUCCUCCUGCCCCCCCUCCGCCGCCGCCUCUCAUGCCAUCAGCGGGACAGAUGGCGUUUCCAAACAGCACUGCCCACAAUGCUGCCAUGGCAACGCCCCUACACCCUGCAGCUGCCUCUGGUGGCUCCGCCCUCUCACGGCCUUACAGCCCCUCCCCUCCACCCCCUCCCCCUGCUAACUACGUCCCUUCCCCCUCACGCCCUGGAGCCCAACAGGUCCUCCCCUCCACUGCAGCUGCGCCCCCAUUGCCUCCGAUCACAGAUGGCAGGAAGCCCUCUGGUGGUCCAACCAUGCCGGUGAACGACGCGCGCAGUGACCUGCUAGCUGCCAUACGCAGAGGGAUCCAGCUCAGGAAGGUUCAGGAGCAGCGAGAACAGGAAGAGGCCAAGAAACGAGAACCGACGGGCAACGACGUCGCCACCAUCCUGUCGCGACGCAUCGCCGUGGAGUACAGCGAAUCAGAGGAGGAUUCUGAACCCGAAGAUCAGGAGUGGUCCGACUGAGGAGGGGACGGGGCAACGCGGAGACAGAGUCCAAUCAGAGGCCACACCUCAAACAGGACAUGAAACACCUGAGGAAGGUUUAAGGGGCGAGGACGUGAAUAUGUUCAUCCGAGUCAAUGAGUCGGGAUCAAUUAAAGCUCGGCGUGUCAAACGA